AUGUUUGAACUUGAUGAGAUUAUGCGACAAAGAGAAAGUAAAAUGUUUGCUGAAAUCUUAAACAGGUUACGAGAAGGUAAACAUACAACUACUGAUCUUCAAAAGCUGAAGGAAAGAUGCGUUCAGGAAUCGAAUUGUCCUCAAGAAGCUCCACGCUUGUUUAUUCAAAAUGCUUUAGUAGACAAAUAUAAUGAACAAGUAUAUGAAUCAUUUACUGAUAAUAGAUAUACAAUUAAAGCUCAAGAUAGUGUUAUUGGGGCAGCUUCAGCUGAACUUAAGGAAAAAAUAAUGAGGCAAUACCUUAUGUUCCGUUAAGAAAUUCUAAACAGUUAGCUCACAAACUAAAACUUGCUGUUGGGCAACGUACAGAAGUUGCAACAAAUGUGCGAACUGAUGAUGGUCUUACAAAUGGGGCAAGUAACAUUAUAAAGUUGAUACAGCUCACUGAUGUGAAUGAACCUUCGGGUCUUAUCUGGGUCCAAUUUGAUUAUGAAGAUGUUGGUAGAAAAACUCGUCAAGAAAACAGAACGCUUUAUGCCAGAGGAAUUCAAAGCACAUGGACACCAAUUAAACCUGUCACAACCCAAUUUCCAGUUGAUAGAACGAAAUCUGCUCAAGUUGUUAGGAAACAGUUUCCAUUGCGACCAGCAUCAGCAAAAACUGUUCAUAGAUCACAAGGUGAUACUCAAACACAGAUUGUUGUAAACCUAAACAGCAACAGAGCUUUUCCUCACAUUCAUUAUGUUGCUUUAAGUCGGGUUACAACAAUAGAAGGAUUAUACAUCACUGAUCUAUGUGAAGACAAGAUAUCUGUUGACCAAAGAGUUGUCAAGGAAAUGGAAAUCUUAAGAACCGAACAAAGUUUGAAUCUUUGUUUCAAACCACUUUAUAUGUUGGAUCAAUCUGAUUUGAAAGUUUGUUACCUCAAUGCAAGAUCUCGCAUAAACACAUUGAAGAUGUUCGAAAAGACAUUAAUCACUCGUCUAUGGAUAUUGUGA